CCCACCUGCACGUCCUGCCUCUGCUCCCCGACUCCCCGUCCUCGCUCCAAAACUCUACCAAGCACCAACCGCCGCCGAUCACCGCCAGCCAUGGCGCCGCCACCUACCAGCGGUGCAGGUCCCGCCUCGCUGCGGCGGCGGCUCUUCGAGGCGGCGGGCGACGGCGACCUCCAGCUCUUCAAGAGGACCGCGACCGCGCUGGACGCCGGAAAGGGCCGCAUCAGGGAGGCCGUCGAGGCCGUGACGAGCCGCGGUGCCGGGGUUCUGCACGCCGCCGCGGGCAGCGGGAGGAUGUCCAUGUGCGCGUACCUCGUCGAGGAGCUCCUCGUGGACGUCAACGCGACCGAUGAUUCAGGAGAUACACCUCUGGCCUAUGCAGUUCGUAGUGGCACUUUGGACAUUGUACAGUAUCUUCUUGAUCAUGAUGCUAAUCCAGAUAAGCCUAAUGGAAAAGGAUCUACCGCUCUCCAUUUAGCUGCUGCAGGAGGAAAUUGUGAUAUAGUAAAAGCAUUACUCUCAAACGGGGCCAAUGUUGACUCGUUUUGUGAUACUGGAACACCAUUGCAUAUGGCUGCUUUCUUUAAGCAGGAUGGUGCUAUGAAGAUUUUGUUGGACCGCGGUGCAGAUUGUAACAAGGUAUUUAACACUGUAUGCACUCCUCUUUUUGUGUCUCUCACUGCUGGCUCGCUCAAGUGUGUGAAACUUUUGAUCAAGGCUGGUGCUGACGUGAAGGGUGUUGGUUCUGUAACUCCCUUAAUAACUGCGGUCAGCAAUGGCUUAACUGACUUCUACAAUUGCUUACUGGAGGCUGGUGCAGAUCCUGAUGUUCGUGAUGAUUUUGGUCACCUUCCAAUUGAAAUAGCUGCAUAUGAGAACAGAAGGAAAGAUGUCGAGAUUCUACUUCCAGUAACUUCUCGUGUUCCAUAUGUGCGGGAUUGGAGCGUUGAGGGGAUAAUCAGUUAUGUGAAAUCAAUGCCAUCUGUGAAGGAUGACCCCAUGUACAAAAUGAAACCAGAUGAUCUCAAGUUAGAAGGAAACAAGGCUUACAAGAGAAAGGAUUAUGCUACUGCUGCAAAGCUCUACUCUAUGGCAGCAGAUCAGUGCCCUGAUGAUGACUCAACCUUGUACUCAAAUAGGUGCCUUUGCUGGCUGAAGAUGGGUCUAGGGGACCAGGCAUUGAGUGAUUCUGGAAUUUGCAGGAUGCAGCGCCCUGGCUGGGCAAAGGCUUGCUACCUGCAAGGAGCUGCUCGGAUGCUACUUAAGGACUAUGAAAAGGCAUGCGAUGCAUUUCUUGAUGGUCUCAAACUGGACCCAGCAAAUGUUGAGAUUGACAAAGCAUUAUGUGAGGCCAUCAACUGCUUGAAGACAUCUGACGCAACCAAGUAAUUGUCAGAAUUCUCUUUCGCCAAGGGGACAGUAGUCCAGAACUUCCACUAUUACUGGUUCCUCAUCAACGUGUAAAUCGAUGUUGAGUUUAAGACACCCCUCUGGUCUUACAUAUAUGGGUUCGUUUUGCCAGCUCGCCAACUAGGUCAUGAAGAAAUGCUCUUCAACCCAGUCUCUUGUUUGUGCGUGGCAGUGUUAUGUUAUGUUGCCUAGAAAUGCUCGCCUUGUAGGUCUCGUAAGUCAUAUCACUGCGGCCCUUCCUCUCUCUCUUUAUUAGGCCCUGUUUGGAAAAAAAUGUGCUAAAGUUUAACACUCC